GAAAGGAAAUGAAGAAGAAAGAAGGAGUGGGGGAGGAAGGAAGGAAGGAGGGAAGGAAGGAAGGAAGGAUCAGUCAAUCUACCACUCAAUCCAUGGCGAACACAUCAGUGAUUCUUGUUCUGGGGUUCCCUGGAAUGAGGGUGUGUGCCUUAUGGCAUUAGUCAUAGUAGUAGCACUACAUAAUAAGUGUGUGUAAUGUCAUUCACUGUGCCCAAGUACAAUUGCCAUUUUGCCAUUAUGAACUUAUUAGUAACAAUUAAUAAACAAGUAGUGAUAAAAUAACAUUUAGUUUUUGAAGCUGAUGUAUUAUUAGAAUAAUGCCCAGUAACACCAUUUUCCUGUCUACCUACCUCCAACUCUUCAGCGCUCCUACUUGCAGCCCUCGCCACAGCAAUGUCCUUUUACCUGGUCUCAUCUCCUUCAGUCCCAUUCCCUUACAUGUAAAAUGCUGGUUCUGGAUAAAUUUUUAGAUCAGACUUGAUUAGCAAGUACAUCCUGAUUCUACCACUUCUCUGAUUAAAAAUCUUUCAAAUGGAUCCCAUUAGCCACACAACAUAGUCUAACAGCCAAACUCUAUAUAAUCCGGCAUUUGAGGCCCUCUAUAGAAGACCUCAUCCUGUUUUCCAAAACCUAGUUCUCAUUAUUCUCCUUCAUGUGCCCUAUUGUUUUCUCAGGGUUACGCUUGCCCAUGCAUACAAUGUAAAUUCUUGCCCAUUUAAACUUGGAUCAUGAGAUUUCUUCAGGCUGGAAUUGCCAAUACCAGUUCCAUUUUUACAUGGUUUUAUUCUAUUUAUGCUUCAAGACCCAGAUCCAAGUCACCUCCUCCUUGGAACAGUCGAGAUCCUCGUAGCCCAAAGUAAUCUUCACCUUUUUCUAAAGCUAUAAGAGUUUUCUGCCUCUUUUACUGAACCUAUCAUUUUCUAAAUUGUGUCAUCAUUGUUUAUCUAUGCCUUAUCACUACUGAUGGACUAUCAUUGAUCUUUUUCUACUUAAAUACUAAAUAUACUUCCUUGAAUAUUAAAACAAUAUGUAAUAAAUAAAUUUACCAAUCCAUUCAUACCCUCAGUCAUUGUUCUUCUGUACUCUGAAUGCCAAUAAGUUUAAGUGGUUUCCUUAAGUAACAAUCAGUUCACACUGAAAUCAAAGCUAUUCAAACUUCACAAAUUCCAACUCUCUCUUUAGUUUGCAGGCCUAUUUCAGAUGAGCAGAAUCAUUAGCAACAUGUGGUUCAUCAGUGUGUAUUGCUUACAUUUCAGAAUAAUUUUGUCCUAGAUGCCAUCUGUGAAUAAAUCUAUCACGGACUGGGCCUUUGGAAGCAUUUCAACUUUGGGAAAUGUGCAAAUACUCUAUGGUUUCGCCUGACUUAGAAGCCAUGGACAGGGCUAGCCUGACCUACUAAGUAAUGUACCUGUAACAAAAAUCAUCCUGGCCAUUUGCUAUCCAUUGGAUUUACAGUCAGAGUUGAGGAGAGCCACCAUUGUUUAUGUUUCCUGCCAGGGUCCAAGUACAAAAUCUUAGCACUCCCUGAUGUUGAAAGCAGUGCUUUCACUGUGAGCAAAAACUGGAAUAAGAAAAAUAGACUGAAGGCCAAUCCCAGUGAAGUUUAACUUUGGAACUAGCAAUGACCUGUAUUUGUGUAGAAUGCAAGGUUUACAGACAUUACUUUCAGUACCUAUUUAAUUCUUAUUCCUACUAGGGCUAUUUUGAGCUUAUUUUAUCCUCACCAUUUCUUAUAAAAUUGUCAAUAAAUUGUUCAUCCCUUUAAGCUCUUCUCAAAUCAUUUCUGAGCUAUCUGCUUAGGCCAUGGAGUAGACAAAACGAAAUCCUAUGUUCUGAGAAUUGUUUUUUGUAUGUUUUUAUGGUAGACCAUUUAAUUAUCUUGAGAUAAUUAUUUAUCUCUCCUUUGUAUUUUUAUUCUGAAUUAUAAAAUUUUGAUCUCAAAGAAGGCCUUUUCUUCCAUAAAGAUUUUUUUCUUUAACUUCUCAUGUUUUGGAAAAGAAAAAGUUAAAUAUAGAAUGCGGCUGAAUAUAAACAGGACUGCAGUGUUAAAUGCCACUCAGCCUCUUUCAAUCACACUAUGUAAAUAAAAGAUUUGUUGGCAGCAAUUUUCUUGGUGUGUUGGGUAAAUUCUUCAUAAAUUCAGUUUUCAGUUUGACAGUGUUCAUAAAAGCGGAAUAUAAAAGUAAAACAUAUGAACAUUUUCCACCAGUUUUAUUAUGCAAAAUACUUGAUUUUGUACAAAAUUGGAUUUUUCAAGGCUAGGAAAAUCUUCAAUAAAUCACAUCAGCAGUUCCAAAAACAUAUAUAGAACCCCGUGUGUUUUCCCACUCAGCAGCUCUAUGAGUAAGAAGGAGAACUGAAGACUCUGCUGUCAAAGCAAAGAGCAAGGGAGGGAGGGAUAGAGCGAGGCAGGGAAGGAUGGCGGGGUGGGGGUAAGGAAGGAGAAAAAGAAGGGAGAGAGAGAGGGAGGAAAGGAGGGAGCCCAGGAGAGAAUGAUCUGAUCAUGUUCUCAGAGUGUGACAGAAAAUGGAAACUAUGUUCUUUUAAAAACCCUCCAUGUACAAUGUAAGGUCUGUUCUGUUUGGUCUGCAUAGUGAUGUGUCUUUGUUUUAACACAGGGCCUCAGCAAGGAUGUGGUGGUUAUAUGACAGGUUCAAAUAACAUCUUUGCCUUUCCUGAUUCUGAUUCGAAUGGAAUAUAUGACAAGAAUUUAAACUGUGUAUGGAUCAUAAUUCCACCUAUAAACAAACUAAUUCACCUCACCUUCAAUACGUUUGCUCUGGAGGCAGCAAGUACUCGGCAAAGAUGCCUUUAUGAUCAUGUAAAGUUAUAUUAUGGGGUUAAUGAAAAUGCUAACUUGGCUGGAACGUUUUGUCGUUCCGCCGUACCUGCUCUUUUUAUCUAUUCUGGUAACUUCCUUAUGGUUCAAUUCGUCAGUGACUUAACAUUAGAAAGGGAAGGAUUUAAUGCUACAUACACCAUCAUGGACAGGUCAUGGAAAUUCAAGAAUUCAGUUGUGUGGCAGAAAUGCUUCAGCUGUGCCAGUGUUUUAUUCUUCUAUGAGUACUGCAAUUGUCAUUUUAAAUCUGGAGUUUUAAACAGAAAUUCUAGAAUGAGUUUCACCUAUCAGAUAGCAGAUUGCAACAGAGACUAUCACAAGGCUUUUGGCAACCUGAGGAGUCCUGGAUGGCCAGAUAACUAUGACAAUGACAUGGAUUGCACCAUUACUCUCACAGCCCCCCCAGAACCACACCAUUUCCCUCUUUUUUCAUUUGUUUGGCAUUAAGAACUCAGUUGAAUGCAGAAACGAUUUCUUGGAGGGUGAGAAAUGGAAGUAACAGCAAUUCACCAUUACUGGGCAAGUACUGUGGAACUCUGCUGCCAAACCCCGUCUUCUCUCAAAAUAAUGAACUAUACCUACAAUUUAAGAGUGAUAGUGUAAUUUUCAAUCGUGGAUAUGAAAUCAUCUGUACCUCAUCACCCACUGGUAAGACAUUUGCAUUUUGUAUGGGAAAGCAAUGUAGGUGAGAAAAACAUAAGGUGUCUAAUAGAAAAAGGCAAAGUAACCUUAUAUUUUUAGCUACCUGUGUACCUGAUUAAUUCAUGUUAAGAAUAGAGAUUUUUAACAAUGAAGGUACACAUUACCUUUUUGUUGUUGUUGUUGAGAUGGAGUUUCGCUCUGUCACCCAGGCUGGAGUGCAGUGGCACGAUCUUAGC